AUGUUAACAACUAUUAUGAAUCUAUUAUCUGUUCUUAUUGUGUUAGUCCCUGUAUUAUUAGCAGUAGCUUUCAUGACUAUUAUUGAACGAAAAGUAAUGGGAUCUAUGCAACGACGAGUGGGUCCAAACAAAGUAGGUAUUUAUGGUAUUUUACAACCAUUCGCUGAUGCUUUAAAACUAGUAGUUAAAGAAACAGUUGUACCUGCACAUGCUACUGUAAGUUUAUUCUACUUAGCACCUAUUAUCACUUUAAUUUUCAGACUUUUAGGGUGGGCAGUUAUCCCAUUUGGGGCUGGAUUAGUUAUUUCAGAUUUCCCAUUAGGAAUUCUUUAUUCAUUAGCUAUUUCAUCUAUUGGUAUUUAUGGAGUAUUAUUCGCCGGAUGGUCUGCAAACUCUAAAUAUGCUUUCUUAGGAUCAUUACGGUCAACAGCUCAAAUGAUUUCAUAUGAACUGGUACUGAGCUCUGCUAUUUUAACAGUUAUUCUAUUAAGAGGUACAUUCAAUUUAACUAGAAUUAUUGAAAGACAACAAGGUGUAUGGUAUGUAUUACCUUUAUUACCUGUUUUUGUAAUUUAUUUAAUUUCUAUUCUUAGAGAAACAAAUCGAACACCUUUCGAUCUGCCAGAAGCUGAAUCUGAACUAGUUGCAGGUUUCUUCACAGAACAUUCAGGAAUGAUUUUCGUAUUCUUCUUCCUAGGUGAAUAUUGUAGUAUUGUUCUAAUGUCUAGUUUAAGUGCAAUCCUAUUCCUAGGUGGAUAUAAUAUGCCAGAAUUAUUUGUAAAUGAUACAUUAAUUAACUUACAAAGAAUUUUCUUAAGAUUAAAAACUUGUUUAUUUAUGUUCUUCUUCGUAUGGACUCGAGCUACAUUACCACGAUUACGAUAUGACCAAUUAAUGACAUUUAUGUGGUGUAGUUUAUUACCUAUGGCUAUUGCAUUAGUGGCAAUUGUACCGUCAAUUUUAAUUGCAUUUGAUGUACCAAGAAUUGCUUAA